GACCUAUCCGAAUGCACACAGACAGCCUCACCUGUCUGUUCACAGAAAAUAUCAUUGUAUUUUUAAGAUUUUAGACAGUUUGUCGUAUUCUACAAUUGCAGACACGCUUUCAUCCUGCAAAUUCAAAAAGCGUGCUGAAACUUCACUUUCCUGUUACAUUCAUACCAAUGACUUCUGCGGAGUCAUCGUCGUCCGUUAGUUUAGAUUCGCCUAAGUCAUCUAGUUUAUGUAUCAAAGUUGAUGAACCAUCUUCAAAUGAAUCGGUCGAUGCAUUAAUAUUCAACAUCUCGCCCAAUUUCACUUUAACCGAAAUUUCAUCAUCUCAAUCUGAUCAGCAAGAGACAAACCCACAACACGAAAGUAGAAUAACUUCCAAGACUGUCGAAAGCUAUGGAAAUAUUCAGAUGAAUACAGAAAAAAUUCCAAAUGACAUAAGGAACAAUUUUGCUCAACUCCGUCGACAACGAAUUGCUUGAAUAAAAAACUAUGCUGACAAUCUUGAUCACUAAUUGUAAGUGCUAGUUGAUUUAUAAAAAACUAAAGUACAUGUUGCUUGCGCCGUCUUUUCAACUAACUGUACACGUAGUCGACUUUAACAGGUGGAAAUAAAAUGAGAUCCAAUUUAG